AUGGGCGGCCCACGCAAAAGAACUCAUUCACAUUCAACAACUCCUGGCAAAAACCAACGACAGCGCACCAAACCAAUCAACACUCAGUUCAGAUUCAAAAAAUGGCAGCCAGGUGGAUCUGUUCCCUACCCAACAGAAGAAGCCCCCGGGUUCAAUCUCGAGUCAGUGUCCAUAGCCUUAUCCCAAGGUUGGGAUCCCAACACAUCGUGGACAGAAGAUGAGCUUGUAUUUCCGCCUCCCAGGGCUGGUUGUGUGGUGCCCACUGCUACUGACCCCUGGUCACAUUUCAAUACACCAAUUCACCGUGCUCUCUUUCGGAAUCAGUUUGAUGUGGCGCAACUCUUGCUCGAUCACGGUGCUGAUAUCGACCAGCUCAACGAUUCAGGUCGCACCGUACUCCACGAGGCUAUUGACCAAGGAAUCAACACGUUUAAUCAUGGAUGGACCCAAAAAGCCGCAUGGAUCGUCGAACAUGGUGCUAACCUAGACAAGAAGACCGAGGACAGGACCGUUAUCAUCGACUCUGAAUCGCGUCAUGGCAAAUCACGCCAGUAUCACAGAUAUGGCGGCAUCUCCCCAUUAAGAAUGGCCACCACUCUAGGGGACGUGGCCAAGGUGCAACGUCUUGUCGAAGCAGGUGCCAACGUCAAUCUACCACUUGACAAAGACGGAUAUUGGUCCCCUCUUGAUGUUGCGUUUCUACGUCGUCAGUUUGACAUGGUCGAGGUUCUCGAGAACGCUGGCGCAUUGUUUUCGACAGAAAUUUCGACAGAAACCGAGAACGACACAUUCAACGUCGAUGACAACACAAAAAACGAUACAAGCAAUCUGUACCUCGGAGAAUCCAAGAAUCUGCUAUUGUUCUGUCUAUCUAGCAAGAGAUCUUCUUUCUAUUCAGCCGAACAAAGCAAUGGAAUUCCUCCUUCUAGUUGCGAAGCUAUCUUUCGCUCUAUCGUCGACACAGAUGAAUUUAGAACAGCCUGGAGAAAGCGUGGCUCCGAUGCUACUUCUCGGUAUCAUGCUUCUUUAUCGAUCUUCUUUCGGAUUCUUGCGGAAAAAGCAGGAACAAGAAACCCUUUAGAGAUUCCAAAGUCCUAUUGCGUGCGUUGCAGAGAUCUCAUUACUAGGCUGAACUUUUCGCCAUCUUCCGAUCUUCAGCAUGCGCCCACCUUGCAGGAAUUGGAGAGAACCGCUAGUCAUGGCUGUCCAUUUUGCGCCUUGCUGCUCGAUGCGGUCGACUCGAGCGUCUCUAGAGAGGUUAACAAGGAAAACUCGUCUUCAAGUACUGAUUCUGACGACCCUCCGAUCAUGUUACGCGUCUACGAGUCUUUCGGGGAAGGGCGUCUGCAGGUACGACACGGUGAUAAAGUGUCUAGCCUCAAGAUCAGCCUACUUGAGGAGGAGUUUCUCAACUAUUCUUCCGACCACAGUGACGGCCAAAAUGAUGGAACUGGGUCUUUGCGAGCGCUAUCUUUGAGUAAAAUCUGGUUGAGGCGUUGCAAAGAGUCACAUAUCGAAUGUCGACGAAUGCACGAUUUGACAGACCCUAUUCUACCAACUCGCGUUCUGGACGUGACUGGUGGCUCAUUACACGACCCGCAGAUCAAACUCAUCGAAACGAGCAGAAUAAAAAGAGGUACAUACUGCGCCCUGUCUUACUGUUGGGGGAAGUCACGUUGUAUCACAACAACAAAGGCCAACUUGGCCAAUCAUAAACAUGACAUUCCUCUUUCCACGCUUCCUAGGACCAUCAAGGAUGCAGUGCUAGCAACCCGGGGCCUCGAAGUUGACUACCUUUGGGUAGAUAGUCUCUGCAUUAUACAGGACGACACUGAUGAUUGGGCAUCCGAAGCAGCAAGAAUGGGUGAUGUUUACGCAAAUGCGACACUGACAAUAUCCACCUUGUCCGGAACCGACUGUGACGACGGGCUGUUCACGCCGCAUCGUUUUAGACAGCCAUAUGCCCUGCCAUUUCCUAUACCACCUAUGCGAGGGAAUUCCGGGGACGCGCAAUGGUUCGUGCCCGCAGUACAGCCACCUGUAAAAGAAGCCCGCUAUGGCGUGCUAGAGCUACCCCUUCGAGGACCUGUCCACUCCAGAGGCUGGACCUUUCAGGAACAGAUGCUCAGCACUCGAGUUUUAUGGUUUGGUCAUGGCCACGUUCAGUGGGAAUGCUUAUCCAAAUUUGCUGCAGAUUCAUCCCCGGAUUCCAUGGGCCACUAUCAACAUCCUGGAAGAGACAACGAUGAGCCCCAUCGCUCUCGUCGAAUGAAGGAGCAUCUACAGAGACCCUUCAAGAUCAACGCUACUCUUUCUGAGUGUGAGCAGCAAGACCAUGCGAUCGGACGAGGGGACUCCUGGGCAGAGGAAGAUCGAGAGGCUGCUUAUAGGGAAUGGGAGACUCUGGUGGCUGAGUAUACGACAAGAAUUCUGACUAAAGAGUCGGACCGGAUUCCUGCAAUUCUUGGUCUAGCCAAUGUAAUGGGUCCGAUGUUUGAAUGCGAUUUUGUUAUGGGCAUUUGGAAGGGCAAACAUUGCCUCCGCAGUCUCUUAUGGCGAGUUCAAACAGCGCCAACAUGCACUGCCCCGCAGUCCAGCAACUCGUACCCAUCUUGGACGUGGGCAACGAAGUCUGGUUGUGCAAUCGACUAUUCUAUGGCUAACCAAGGUGGAGGCCGCGCAAGCUCGUGGCCUACUUCACUGGUUGCAAUAGAUGAUACACACCUAUGGAACGACAUCAAAGGUUCCAUUACUCUCAAGGGACCUCUGGGAAAGCUCACAUCAAGACAAAAAGAACGUCUCGGGAGUAAAUUCGGCAUUGAUUUCAUGACCAAGAUAUCGAUGGACGUUGGUCCAAAGGAUAGCCUACCACAAGACCGUCCUGUGUGGUACAUUGAUAUCGUAACAUUUGAGCACGGCGAUAAGCCCCAAGGCUACGGGCUGCCUAUGUGGCCUGGAGGCCAACCCAGUUCUGUCGUCAAGUUGCUUCUUGAAGCUGCUGACUCUGAGGAACCACCGCGGGUAUUUAGGAGAAUAGGAAUUGCUCAUCUGCAAUUGGAGGAGCAGGAUAGUAUGGUGCAUGAGGUUAUGAUUGUCUGA